GCGAUGCUAAACGCGGGUGACGCGACCAGAAGGCUCCGCCGCCAGCACGGCUUCCAGCUGCCGCUGCAUCCGUUGCAGCUAACCGGGUGGCUGACGUUGGCGGCCCUCUCGGCCGGCUCGUUCCUCCUGCUGGUGCCGGCGCUUCCGUUGCACGCGCAGCCCGCCUGCCUCGCCGUCCUCACCGUGCUGCUGCUGCUGCACACCGCCGCUCACGUUUCCGCCGCGCUCGUCGAUCCCGCCGAAGAGGUCCUCCGUAAGAGGGUACCGGAGGUGGUGCCGCAGUUGGACCGCGCGAAGUACGCGCACGUGAUCGAGGGCGGCGUGUGCCAUUUGUGCGGCAUCGAAUCGAGCAGCGAACGGACGAAGCACUGCAGCGCGUGCAACAAGUGCGUGCACCGCUUCGACCACCACUGCAAGUGGCUGAACCACUGCAUCGGCGGCCGCAACUACGCUCUCUUCCUCAUGUGCGUCUCGACGGCGGUCGCGGCCGCGGCCCUCGUGGCCGCCCUCGCUGUCGCCGAGCUCGUGUUGCACCACACCGCAUCCACCACGUCGGCGGCCCAGCUCAGUGACGCCGUGCCCGAGAAAAAGGAGGGGUAUCCCUUUGAUCAGAACUCAUCAUAUCCCGGUCAUCCGUCAUCCCUGCCGUCAGGUGAUGCGGCCUUUUUGGCGGUAGUGGCAGCACUUGGUCUCCUCGCCGCCAUCACGGCUGGAUUGCUCCUGCAUCUAUGCUUCUUCCAUAUCUAUAUCUCUUUCUUGGGUUUGACGACAUACGAGUAUAUCAGGCAGCAACGCCAGAACCAAAGUCAGCCGCACGUGUCGGUCAACCGAAAUGCAGAGGAGCCCCAAGAAAACAACGCACGGAACUCGACGUUGCGACAUCGUCCGGUGAACCUACGUUGUGAGGGCCGAUCACGUACCACCCUCCUGACGUGCACAGUAGUCGAGGAGACUUUCAACAACUGUUCGACGUCUGCGGCCGAGCCGACGCCCACACCUCCAUCAACGCCCCAGGAUUGUCAGAUGUGCGUAAUGAGCAACAAUGCAGUGGCGCCGGAGGUGCGCACCUCGCAGAACCACCACAAGAAGAUCAAAAGGAAAUGGAAUUGUUGCGUGUCGGUGCCCGACAGUCCGGAUGACCCUCACAGUCCGUCCGAGCCUCGAUGUCUGAUGUCCUUGUGCCGGCACAAGGCGAAGAGCAUCUCGGCCAUCGAGGGCCGUCCACACAGGACUCAUGGCCAUUGGUCCAGUGCUAAGUUGAGAGUUUUGUUUAGAGUUAUAGGAAACUUGGGACAACAUAGAAGAAGGGAGUCUCAAAGCCAAGUAGCUAAAUCUAACCAAGUGGUGCCUGUCCCCAAUGAUACUUCGAAUAAUUCGGAGAUUAUCCAAACCGUCAACAAUAUAGUUCCGGUACCCUUAUAUCCGGAAGUGUCCCGAAGAGCGAAUGCCUUGCCAGCCCUCCCCACACCUCCUAGACGGAGGCUUAUUAGUGAAACGGAAUUGGCCAAUGCCCUUACUAUGCUUCAACAACAACAACAAAGAUGUGGUUCACGACGCCCGAUGUACCGUCGGAGAAGACGCAGCGUUGUGCACCGCACGAAAACCCCCGCCCUAUCGCCGAUCCGCGAGAGCGGCCUGUCCAACCCAGCGUCUCCGUCCCGCCAGAACUGCACCGUGUCCGCCAUCACCGGCUCGUGCACGCGCCCCUUCUGAACGUAUCCUCAAAAUAAGUUUGCAUCCCUCGUGACUCCAUGUGGCGAAGGCAUCGAGGCUAGAAGGUGCGGUCCCGCGUCCUGGUUCCGGUUUUCCAUAGGGAGGAGUCGCUUUUAAAUAGUUGGUUGUCGUUAAUUGAUGGGGCAUUAAGGUAUUAAAAAGGCGCUCCCGCGUUGCUAUUAACGAAUGUACAAAACAUAUUGGUUUAAAAUGUUAUUGGCAGUGAUUGGUAUUUUGAGUGUUUACUUGGUUCCUUGUCAUAUCAGACUGAUUAUGUUUAUAUCCAUUUUAUACAAUGUUUUGGGAUAUUAUAUAAUUGUACUUAUAACUUGGGAGAUCGGAAACAUUUUAAGAAGAAUUUUUUAGAUAGUUAUUUAUUAAAUCCGAUUAAUUAUAUUUAUUUACUAAAUAAAAAUUAGUGUAUUUGCAGAUUAAGCAAUGACCAAUAAUUUUUCAGUGCAAAAUAUUCUCAAUAUUUAUAUGUCAAUAAAUAUUCAUAGUCGAAAUAUGUAAUAUUUACGCGGAGAAAUUUUUUAUUAUAUGAAUAUAAAUUUAUUUUUAUAUUGCGGUAUCUGAAUUUGAAAUAUCUAUGAGUUAUUCUUCAAUCUUUCAAAUUAGUAAUGUAUUAACCUGUACAUUAAAUGUGUUACAACCAUAAAAGUUCAUCAAUUAUACUUUAUAAGUAUAGGAUAGAUUUUCACUAUACAGUAGUUUUGUAUAAUUAUUAAAUAUUCAUACUAUGUACAAAUAUAACAAAUGCACAUUUGCAAACAUUUUAUAUAAAUUAUUAACUCAAUAGACUUGUCCAAAAUUCUUAGAACUUUGUAAAUUUAUUAAGUAAAUAGUUCUUUAAUACUGUUUAACUAAAAUAGUACAAUUUAUACAGUGAUGUUUAUAACAAGUAGAACACCUUAGUUAUAAAUACGUUAAUUCGAUUAAACAGAAUAGAAUAAUAAACUCAGAACUUUCCUAGCUACUAAACUGAUUUAUUUUUAAACAUUUUUUUGUGUAUCUUUGUACAAUAUGUAAACAUUUAGUGUAAUUUAUAAUACAUAUUUAAAAAAUCAUUUCAUUAAAUCCAUAAUAAAUAUAAAAAAUAUAUGGGAAACUUUUAUAACUGGAUAUUAAAAUUUUGUUUACAUAUUUGCAGUGCAAAUUUAAAUCCUUGGUGACAAUAAAAAUAAUUUUAAAUUUAAAUAUUAUGUAGUUAUACAUAGAAGUAAUAUACUUUUCAAAUAGCGACCUGUAGUAUUUUAGAAUUGAGAUUUUGACUGACAUUCCUAGAAAAUGAUUUUUAGAAAAUAUAUUCCAGACAAACCCGAAAAUAGACUUAUAGAAACCAAUUGAAAAUCAGAAACCAUUCACAUGCUCUUAAUAAGAUGUCCUGUUACUAUUUCUUCGUGGCAUCUAAAAAUUAUCAUUUUCUAUGCAUAUAUUUAAUUUGUCACUCCAGAGGAGAUAUCUCUUCUUUAUCAACACACAGUCCGGGGGAGGGGUUCGUGUAUGUAAUAGUCAUGCAGUUGGAAUGAUAAAUAUCGACUAAACAAUUUGGAAACCAUAAUUUCCGCGAUGGGGUGCACUAAUUGAGGCCGCACCUUCACCAUGAACUUCGUUUUUAUAUAUUUUAUCUGACCCGUUGUUUCAUAUUAAUGUUUAUAAAUGUGCAAUCUAUUGUUAAAUAAAAUUAUAUUUGUAUUAA